AUUUUAAUCAGGCAAUAAACUGAACAGCUAUAGUAAAGUGUGAGAGGACAGGAGGGGAGACGCUUAGCAGAAGAGGUGAAAGUGGAGAAGUAGUACAGCUGACAGCACGCUGCUUAUGUCUGGGUUAAUGUUUAGCCUGAGGCCGAGCAGCUCAUGGCCCUGCAGCCGUCUGUUAAGGCUGAGCAGUCUGCUGCUGACCAGGAGCAACUCGUCUAAAAUGUCGUCAGACUCCCACUGGCUCUCCUCUGCAGACCGGGAUCAAGUGGUGAUGGAGCUCAGGGCCACAGGCUGGGUGGAGGUGGACGGCCGCGAUGCCAUCUUCAAAGAGCUUCAUUUUAAAACCUUUAAUCAGGCGUUUGGCUUCAUGUCCCGGGUAGCUCUGCAGGCAGAAAAGAUGAACCAUCACCCAGAAUGGUUCAAUGUUUAUAAUAAGGUCCAGAUUACAUUGACUACACAUGACUGUGGAGGACUGUCAAAACGGGACAUCAAACUGGCCAAGUUUAUCGACAAAAUUGCUCUUUCAAUUUAAUGUUUUUGUCUAUACCCAGAAUGUUUCCCUUGUAUUUCUGCCUUCAGUCACAAGAUAAUUUAUAUUUUGUUUGGCGCAUAUUUUGUACAAACAUUCUGUAAGAAUAAAACUUUGAUUUU